AUGGGCAUAAAGAAAAUGACAGUUGCAUUUAAUUUCCAGUACACAUGUAAUGGAUUGUCUUCUGAGAAUAUUGAUCAAGAGGUAAAAACAGCACUGGAGAUGUUUCUCUCAGGUUAUCACAGAACUGUAGAUAUGAAAUAUUUCCCAAAUGUAACUACUCUCAUUCUCAUUGGGCAAAGUAUUCAAAAGAUUUCAGACCUAGAGUACUGUCUGUUGCUAGAGCUGUGGAUUGCUGAAUGCUGUUUAGUGAAAAUAGAUAAUCUACAAAAAUGUGUAAAAAUUGAAAAAGGUUUAUCAGAAAUUUCCAGAAUUGAAAAUUUGGAGCCCCAACAAAGCUGAAUGUACUUGAAUAAUAACUUGACCAAGAAUAUGGAGGACUUACAUACUCUACAGAAUUUACAAGAGGUCAAGCUCACUGGAAACUUAAAAGGUAAAAUAGGAAGGUGGUCUGCGGAGCCGCAGACGAACGACAUGCCGAGACGGCUGGAAUGUGAAUUUGCCAAGCUGCAAAAGUUGGGUAAAACAUCAAGUAAUAAAUCUCUAAGGAGUAAGAAUCUGGAAACUGAAAAUUCAGUUCAUGAUAAUAAAGAUACAGAAAAGAUCUUGAAAAAGCAUUUUUACAAAAAAAUAAAUGCACUGGAGAAAAGAAUAGCAUUCCAGAACAGAAAACUGAAUGAAAUUUAAAAAUAUUUCCAAGUGGAAAGGAAGAAAAGUUUUAAUUUGGUACUACAAAUCUUGUUGAUGGAAUUGGAAAUAGUGGGAAAUAUUCACUUUGAAGGUUUAUCAAAAAAUCCAUAGUUUAGUUCUUGUUAUAUAAUUCAACCAUGAUUCUGUAUGGACUCCAGAGUGUACUGUAUCAUCAGCACAAAAAUACUUCACAUCUUUAGAGUGCACAAUCAAAUUCUGAGGCUGAAAUUUAAGGAGAAGCUGCAGUCAUUUGUACUAGACCCCAUUCCAGUGGAAAAGAUGGAAUCUCUGUCUUAUGUAUGCAACCCUGAGUAGCCAGUUAAGGAAAAGCAGCUGCUACAAGUGCUGGAGGAUAAUUUCCAGGGUCUGAAACUCCAUACAUCUCUGAAACAGUAGGCUAAGGCAAAAGGCGAAAACAGAAGUGAUCCUGAGAAGUUAUUCAAGCAUGGGAAAGUGAUAAUUGCAAAAGUUUUCCUUGGCCACAGUGCUCCAGCUUGUGCAAUGAAUCCCAUCUAUCAAGUCAACUAUCCAGAAGCUAAUUCAGUGUUCAGGCCAUGGAAAUGCCUAGAAAGUGAUGCAUCUACUUCUGGCAAUAGUAUUUGUAGGCACCUAUGGUGCUGCAGCUCCCCUCUGCCCCUCUUGAGCCACUCGCCCAACCGGGAAUAUUUUGAUGCAAGCCAUAACCAUCUGAUCGCUCUUGAGGUCAUUAGAGGCUUAAGCAAACUGAAGUUCUUCAACUUGAGCUAGAACCAGCUGAAAAAGUCCAGGGAAGAUAUAAACAUCUUACAUAAAUACAUUCCCAUUAGUCUUGACAUCACACACAACCCAUGGCAUAAGCCAGCCUCACAUAAACUGAGUGGGAUUGUCCUAUUAAAGGCUCUCACUAACCUAGAGGGAAUCCUGCUCUCUAAUUAAGAAGUUGCAGAAGCAUUACAAUGUAUUGUGGGAUCAAAAAUGACCCAGGUGUCCCUGUUAGAAUAUACUAGGACUGGUGAAGAAAAAACUCCCAUUCUCAGUGUAUUUCCUUGCACUAAAAUUCUGUUCCAAAUUUGAAAGAUCAAGGUGGAUUCGCAGAUGCAUUGUAAUAACUGGUAUCCAGUGGUCACUGUCUUAAAUCUGGAUGACCAACUCUUCAGAAUUUCCAACUGGGAAAAAUUGGAGUAUUUAAGAUGGGCAUCAUUUAGCAACAACAAUCUCACACAAAUAGAAGGAAUGUCUUGUCUUAACCUGGAAGAACUCACUUUAGAUGAAAACUACAUUUCAACACUAGAUGGAAUUUCAAAGCUGACUAAACUUCUAAGACAUAGUGUAAAUAAUAACCAUCUUAUCAGUCUCAAAAGACAUAUAUUUGAAAAUCAGUCUUAUCCUCAUUACAUUUCCAUUGAGAACAACAGAAUCAUUUCUUUAGUUGGUUUAAAGAAAACUUAUUCCCUAUUAUAGCUAUACAUAAGUAAUAACUUUGUUAACACCAGGCAAGAGGUACAUCAUUUAAUGGGUCUAACUAAUCUGAUAAUUUUGGACAUGAGUAGAAAUUGAAUAGUCUGGAAAGAAGAUCACUACCAACUGUUUGUAUUAUUCCAUCUUCCCUCUCUCAAAGCUAUAGUAAGUUAUUCUGAACCAACAGAAGGAGAAAGUGCAAAAGAUUUGUUUAGAGGCAGAUUCACCUCUGACAUGAUUGCAGAUAGACUGAGAUAUUCAGACUUCAGAGAAAUGCAAAAAUUAAAUUGGACAGCUUCUCAUAUCAGACCUGUAGAGCUGGUGCUAGCAGACCAGUUUAGAAAUGUCUGUCGUGUGAAUUUACAGAAAAAGAAUCUCAUGUCUUUCAGUGAUUUAAUAUUCCUUCCUAAUGUCAAGGUGUUGUGUCUGAACUACAAUCACACUGAAUCAAUUCUGCCUGGACAAAAGGUCCCAAAUCAGGUAACAAAUAUGCAGCAGCUGUACUGAAAGGUGGGCUCUCAUGGCUAUGGACAGGAAGGACUUGCCAAAGAAAGCAGAGAUGCAGAAUUUGGAGAAAACUUGCCACUCUUAAUGCAAUUGGAAGAUUUUUAUCUAGGAUAUAAUGGAAUAACUAACAUGACCCAGCUACAUCUUGGUAGGCUGAAAAACUUGAAACUUCUGUUUUUGCAGAGAAACUACAUCAGCCAGACUGAAGCACUUGAAUGUCUCCAAUAUCUACAAGAGUUGGUAUUGGACCAUAACUGCUUUAAAAUGAUUUCACAAGAUUUCCUUGCUAGGCUUCUGACUCUUCAUCUGGAGUAAAACCAAGUACAAGAACCUAACAGUUUACAAUCUUUGGUAGAAUUACAGAAAUUCUUUCUGGACUUCAAGAGAAUUCAAAAAUCAUCUGAGCUAGAAAAACUUCAAGUUAUUCCUAGUCUUAAGGUGCUCUUAAAACAUGGAAAUCCAAGUUCUUCAGUUGCAGACUCUCCAGAUGACUCUGGACUUCCUGCACUGCCAGCAAACUUUACAAGACAUAAUCCUCUCAGAAUAACAAAUUGAAAUCUGAAUGAAAACCUUAACCAUUUAUUUGGCUCUGAUCUUAUAUUUGAUCAUGAGCUUGAAGAGCCUCUACUGAAUAAGUCAAAUGAGAAUAAGUCUAAGAACCCAGGAAUUACAACAAAUAAUCUUUGAAGCAUCCAUGCAGAAAGAACUCUUAGGCAAGCCAAAGGAGCAGCAACUAAUCUUCUAAACCAUUUGGUGCAUUAG